AUGUCUGCUUCCUCAGUUCCUGGUACUGAAACCUACAACUCUACAACUCUUAGAGAUCUUGCUGGAGGUGCUGGUGAUAGAAUCCUUGCCAAGCUAGAUGAAAAUCCAAUGAAUAUCAUUCCAAUCAAUUUGAUAUGUGCUGCACUCGAUAUUAAAGAUCCAUUCGAGGUUAUUGCUCAUUUUGAACCUGACAAAGAGGAUGUUGGUAUUAUGGUUAAUGCAUGCAUUGGUUGCAUUCCUUUUGUCGGACCUGUUCUUCAAGGUGUAUUCUCUCUCUUCUGGAAGAGAGCUGCCGAAUCCAAUGUUAUUACCAAAGAAAAACUCAAAGAAGAGUUGGACAAACUAAGAAAGGAAAUGAUGGAAGCUGUUGCCGGAAAGAUCAAAGAUAGUGAAAUCAAGCAAUGGACUGAGAUCUGUGAAGCUUUCUUGAAAGGAUUGAAGAAAUCAUGUAAAGUUCUUGGUACUCAUAUCAAUGCUCUUAAACAUCAAUUUGCCGAAAAAAAAUGUGCCGAUGAACAAGUUCAAGAAGCCGUCCGUAUUGAUUUGGCUUUGAUCAGUGAUAAAGCAUUCUCACUACAUGAAUUCUGUGAUUCCCCGGCAUACCUUAAGUAUACACUUGGAUACUAUAUUCAAUCGCUUCAAAUCUACACUGCUAUCUUAACACUUCAAGAUGCAUUCUGGUAUCAAUUGGGAAUUAAACCAAUUUUUGUUACUGGUAGACGAGCUACUGAUACAAUUGAUGCCUUGCCAUCAUUUGCAGAGACUAUGCAUGAAGAAAUAAUGCCAGCACUCAAAAAUAUUGCCCGAGGUCUUACCGAAAAUGUUCGUGAAGGAGCACAGGCCAAAGGAGUCGAUUUAACUACUCUCCAUCUACUUUUAAAGAGUGAUCGUUACCUUUAUCCAGUGCCAUUAGUUUUGGCACCCGUUGAAAUACCACAAGUAGCCAAGUGUCUUCGUGAGGUACAGGGUCCAAUCUGUCCAGAAUGCAAGGUACCAGAACGCGAUGGAACCUUUAUCUUUAGAAUUGAUUGUAUAAAUUUCAGACCGGAAACAUCCGCUGAAGAUAUCCGUGGUUAUCGUAAUAUGUCUCAUGUUGAAGAACCGAUCACUGGUUGCAAAGGUACGAUGUCAGGUAUUCCCGCUGCUCUCACAGUUGUCCUUCCAAAAAAGAGAACCGUUCAAAUUCGUUUCGUUGGUGAAUAUGAUCAGACUUUUACUGAUCUCCCAAUUCAAUGGACCACAAAUGAAGAGGCAUACUAUACUGCGAUGAUGCCAUUCGGAGAAAAUUAUCGAAGAAACAACAAAACUAUUCCUGCAAUCAAGGAGGAAAUGGGUAUCUCACAGGUUCCAGGAAUGAGCUUGAUGAUAAAUACAAAUUCAUUAAAGAGUGGAAUGACCUACACUGAAAAGAUGACUGAUAUCGAGAGACUUACCUUUGUCACUGAUAGAUUUGAUGAUAUGAAACGUCAUGCAAAGAUUUUGUUUAUUGAAUUAAUCAUUCAAGAUUAA